UAGCCACGCCUCCCCCCGGGUGAACUUCCGCAUCUGUAAUCUUACCUGAGGAAGAGAAGAGGGCUGAAAUAAACAAUAAACUGGAUGUCAACCAAAUACAAAACGGCAAAAACAGGCAGAACAGUGACGGGAUCUGUUACAUUAUAUCUUCAGUGACAAGUGAAACCUUCCCCAGCACGAUGUCUGUGAGGAGAGUUGAAAAGACAGUUUUGAGUGUGGAACAGUCGGAGGGAGUGGGUGCUCGUGUCCGCAGGAGCAUUGGGAGAAAGGAGCUGAGGAACCUGGAUCCCUUCCUGAUGUUGGAUGAGUUCAGAGUGAGCAAGCCGGCAGGUUUUCCAGACCAUCCUCACAGAGGAUUUGAGACGGUUACGUAUGUGUUAGAGGGGAUCGCAGCUCAUGAAGACUUCUGUGGCCAUUCAGGGCGACUGAAACCGGGAGAUCUGCAAUGGAUGACUGCAGGACGAGGGGUUGUCCACGCUGAGAUGCCCGUGUCAGAAGAGCCGGUGGUGGGCUUACAGCUGUGGGUGAACCUGCCGAGUCGAGACAAGAUGGUGGAACCUACGUACCAGGAGCUGAAAGGCUCUGAGAUCCCCACACCUAGCCAGGGAGGAGUUACAGUGGCCGUCAUAUCCGGAGAGGCUUUAGAAGCAAAGUCUAAAGUUUACACGAGGACACCAACCUUGUACCUGGACUUCAGACUGCAGGCUGGGGCCUUGCAUGUACAGCCAGUCCCCUCAGGAUGGACUGCAUUCAUCUACACACUCUCAGGAUCCAUUCAUGUGGUCUGGUGCAAUCACAACCAGCUGGCUGUGGUGACUGGUUUCCUACUGGCCCAGAUCAGGAGCAGCAGAAGGUCGAGCCCCAUCACACGGUGGUGUUUGGAGAUGGAGACUGUGUCAAAUUUGAAAACAAGGGCUCUGAAGUUUCCCAUUUUGUACUGAUUGCUGGAGAACCAAUCAAAGAGCCUGUGGUACAGCACGGUCCAUUUGUAAUGACCACAGAAGAAGAGAUCAGACAGGCUAUCAGGGACUACAGUACAGGCACAAAUGGCUUUGAGAGAGCUGUAAACUGGAGGUCAAAGAUCAGAGAUUCUCUCUGAACACUACAUAUUGCACUGAUUGUUGGUGAAAAGUUUGCCUUACUUGUAAGAAGAAUAUUUAAAAAUAUUUUUUUUUCUCUUAACUUUUUUAUUUGAAGGGCUCGGUCUGAAUAUGUGUUUUCAGGACAUCUCGUACUUUCCAUCAUGUAUUACAACUUGUUCCAUGUUUAAGUGCUUUGUGGUAACACAUUACCUCCCUCUCCCUUGUAAGAUAUAGAUAUUAGGGAGAAUGUGAUUCUUGCUGCUCUCCACGCCCCUUGUUAAGUUCAAACUUUACUACAUUUUCCCUUGUACACUGUAGCAAAGCUGGAAUGAUGGGCAAUUGUUUGCACACUUUGUUGUAGUGGAGGUAAAUAAGCUCAUUUUAAGUAAGUGUAAGUAUGGUUUUGAAAUGUUUCCAUGUAUGAAACUCAUCUGUGCACUGUUUUCAACAUUAGCCUUAUUUCUUCAGCUGAUGCUAAACUAAAUAUACCUGCUGUAAAGAAACAGAAAUUAUGCAAGGUUAUAAUAUGAUUAUUAAAACAUCAUUAAGGCUGCCUGAAAAAAAAAGGCCCAAGCUA